ACGCAACCACCGGUGGAACACCCUCACUUGAAACAACAAGAACAAUGCAGAAGACAACGAGAGCAUGUCUGCCCAGCGCUGCCGCUACAGCCUGUCUAUCACUUCUGCUUAUCAUCUGCCUUACUGAAGGAGCUUCAGAGCAAAGAAUUAACAGUAGAGGUAGCAAGUCUUCAAAUCUAUUCCAAAAAGUCAACGGAUGGAGAAGCCAGCGCGGAGGGUCCUGCUUAAGCUACGGGCAUUCAUGUUGGGGAGCUCACGGCAAGCGAUCCGGAAAACCACCGGCGACAGCCCCAGCAACACCCCCAGAUUGGUACAUCACGAAAAUGCUUCGGCAAAUUGCUGCAAAUAAUGUUAUGAACCACGACCAAAGCUCCGAAAAUAAAAAGGAAGAUUCAAGUGACAUCUAUCGAGUGGUUUUUGAAAACAAUGCACCGAACGCCCACCGCCUCGAGAGGGAUAGUGAAGAAGUACCUCUUGAUUUUGCAUCAAAGUUACCGGAAGCCAAACCAAUGUUGGAUGACGAUUUACUAUCGAAGUUAAAACUAUGGCAGUUAAUGCGAGUUGCUUCAGAAGAAAAUUAAACAAAACGACUGACACGCCCUUACACAUUUUAUUUAAUACUCUAGUAUUAACUUCGAUAACUGUCAAUUGUAAGGCUGGGUUGCAAUUGACUAUUUGUAAUAUAUGGCCUAAGUAAAUGUGCCACUCAUAAAUGAACGCGCAAAUUGUACCUGUCUAAGUAAAAUUGAAUUUUUAAUAUGUAAAGUAGAUCGAUUUUAUAGUAUGUGGAUGCGGCAGAUUCUUACAAAUAUUAUGUUAUGUUUUUAUGUUAUUUAUGUUUAUUAACGUUACGUUACGUAGCAAAUCAAAUAAACCACAGAAUAGAUUUGAACUAAUUUGAUUUGAUGUUAUUAAAUUAUAAUGACAAUGACAGCUGAUACCAGCGUACAUAGACAUAUUACAUACGAAAAAGUUCAUUUUCAAACAGAACUAGAUAGAGCCGUGUUUUCCAACCAUUUUUUCCCUACCUUAGCUUUACUAAAAUUCU